AUCUAAUUUUUCGAAUUACUACUGAAUUUAAUUAAGUUAAAAAUGUUUUUCGAACUGUUGAGCUAAAAGUGGAUUUAUUUAAGAUUGUUUUUAUUUUUAAUAUAAUUUAUUUAGUCGUUUUAUUACAAUUCGCUACAUUAAGAAUUCUGUGGUUGCGAAGCUCGGCUUGACGUAACACGUGUUUUGGUUUUUGGUUAUAAAUUACUUCAAAAUCGUUUUAAUCACAAUUAUUUAGGCACAGAAAUGCCUAAAUCAAAACGCGACAAGAAAAUUUCUUUAACCAAGACAGACAAAAAGGGGCUCGCUCUCAAGCAAAAAAUCGUGGAAGAUGUCCGAAAUUGCGUCGAGAAGUUUUCCAGUAUCUACGUUUUCACUUAUAGAAACAUGCGAAAUGAACUAAUGAAAGAUGUUAGAGAGCAGUGGAAGCCUAGUAGAUUUUUCUUUGGAAAAAAUAAAGUCAUUGGUGUAGGUUUGGGUAGGAAUAAAGAAGAGGAAGUGGCGGAUGAUUUACAUAAAGUUUCACGUUGUUUGAAAGGCCAAUGCGCCCUUCUUUUCACCGAUUGUGCCAGAAAUGAAGUUCUUGAGUGGUUUGAGAGUUACAGUUGUGAGGAUUUUGCCAGAUCUGGGUGUGUGGUUGAUAAAACUGUAACGCUACCUGAGGGGCCUCUUAAGCAAUUUCCACAUUCAAUGGAACCGUAUUUGAGACAGUUGGGGAUGCCUACGAAACUAGAAAGAGGAGUUGUUACUUUAAUAAAAGAGUUUGAAGUGUGUAAAGAGGGGGGCGUAUUGACACCAGAACAGGCGAAAAUUUUAGAAUUUUUAGGACACAAAUUGGCCAUUUUUAAACUUGAUUUGAGAGCGGCGUGGAUCAAGGGGAAAGGGUUUGAAAGACUCGAUGGGAGGAGUGAAGAUAAUGAUGAAAAUAUGAAUGAAGAUGAAGAUAAUAAUUAAUUCUCAUUUUAUAUAAUAACUAAUAAAGUUAUAAGAAAACGAUUUUAUACUUUUAAA